CGACAAGGCCCUCCUCCACUCUCUCCGCCGCAGUCGCCAGGUGCAGCAGAGCUGCGGCCAUCACGGACCCCUUCGCCAUCGCGGACGCCCUCUCCGCCGCCAGUUCCGCCCCGGCGUCGCAGUCCCUGUCCACCGGAUCGCAGCUCCACGCGUCCGGCAUAAAGCUGGGCGUCGUUUUCGCCGACACCUACACCUCGAACCAGCUCCUCAUCCACUACUCCAAGCGCGGGCAACUCGCCAGCGCGCUGGACGUGUUCGACGAAACGCCGAGCCGCAACCACGUCACCUGGACGGCUAUUGUGUCCGCCGCGGCGCGCGGCGGGGCGCCUGGCCUGGGCCUGCGGCUCUUCGCCUCCAUGCUCAGGAGCGGGUUCUGCCCCAACGAGUUCGCUCUGGCUAGCGCGCUCGGCGCUUGCUGCCAGUGGGUGGCGGCUGACGUGAAGCUGGGCCUCUCCCUUCACGGCCUCGCCGUCAGGGCCGUCCUGCAUGGAAACCCUUACGUGGGGAGCUCGCUGAUGCUGGUGUAUGCCAAGCACGGGCGUGUCGCUGCUGCGGAGCGAGUGUUCGCAGGCAUAGCUUCCGGUUCCAGAGACGUGGCGUGCUGGAACGCGAUGCUGGAGGGCUACGUCGCCAACGGCCAUGGGUAUGACGCGACGAGGACGGUGGCCCUGAUGCAUGGAUCUGGAAUAGCGCCUGACAUGUUCACCUACAUUUCGGCUGCGAAGGCUUCUUGGAUCGCCCGCGACUUGUAUUUCGGGCGGCAGGUCCAUGGUCUCGUCGUCCGCAGCGUGUUGGAGUCCAACAACACCUCAGUGAUGAACGCACUCAUGGAUAUGUAUUUCAAAGCGGGACAGAAGGAAACCGCUGCUGAUAUCUUUGGCAAGAUUCGGUGGAAGGAUACUGUUUCUUGGAACACGAUGAUAUCAGGCCUGGAGGACGAGAGGGCAGCUGCGGACUGCUUUGUCGACAUGGCACGGUGCGGCUGCAGGUCUAACCAAGUUACGUUCUCUGUCAUGCUGAGGCUGAGUGGCGCCUCCCUCGGCCUUCAGAUCUUCGGACUUGCCUACCGCCAUGGCUACUCUGACAACGUUCUUGUGGCGAACGCAGCCAUCAACAUGCUCUCGCGGUGUGGGCUGCUCAGCUGUGCCUAUGGCUACUUCUGUGAUCUCGGUGUCCGGAACGUCGUGACGUGGAACGAGAUGAUCGCGGGCUAUGGUCUGCACGGCUGUUCUGGAGACGCGAUGAGGCUCUUCCGCAGCUUGGUUUGCUUCGGAGCAAGACCGGACGAGUUCACCUAUCCAGCCGUUCUGUCUGCCUUCCAACAGGACCAUGAUGCAAGGAACCAUGAGCAAGUCCACGCAAGUGUUCUGAAACAGGGGUUCGCUUCAUGCCAGUUCGUGUCCACCUCGCUCAUCAAAGCAAAAGCGGCCCUUGGCUCCUCAGUUCUAGGUCCACUGAAGAUCAUCCAGGAUGCUGGCGAGAUGGAUUUGGUGUCAUGGGGAGUCGCCAUCUCUGCGUUCGUGAAGCAUGGCUUGGGUCAAGAGGCACUGUCUCUCUUCAACUCGUGCAGAGUUGACUGCCCAGAGAAGCCUGAUGAGUUCAUCCUGGGCACCAUCCUGAAUGCAUGUGCAAACGCCGCGUUGAUAAGGCAGUGCAGAUGCAUCCAUUCGCUCGUUGUCAGGACAGGACACAGCAAGCACUUGUGCGUGUCCAGUGCUUUGGUUGAUGCCUAUGCGAAAUGCGGUGACAUCACUGCUGCCAAAGGCGCUUUCGCUACGGUUUCGACCAAGGACGCCAUAGUGUACAACACCAUGCUGACAGCUUAUGCCAACCAUGGUCUGAUCCGUGAAGUCCUCAGCCUCUACCAAGAGAUGACUCAGCUUCAGUUGGCGGCUCCAACACCAGCUACGUUCGUUGCUGCCAUAUCAGCUUGCAGCCACCUCGGGCUAGUGGAGCAGGGGAAGCUUCUGUUCAGCUCCAUGCUGUCUGCGCACGGCAUGAAUCCCACAAGGGCCAAUUACGCAUGCCUGAUUGACCUCCUGGCGCGAAGAGGGCUCCUGGAAGAAGCAACAGGCGUUAUCCAGGCAAUGCCGUUCCAACCGUGGCCUGCAGUAUGGAGGUCACUGAUGAACGGUUGCCGGAUCCAUGGGAACAAAGAACUCGGUCUGCUUGCUUCGGAACAGAUCCUGAGGAUGGCACCAAACAGUGACGGCGCAUAUGUGUCGCUGUCGCAUGUCUACGCUGAAGAUGGAGAUUGGCGGUCUGCAGAGGACGCCAGGAGGAAGAUGGCUGAGAAUCAAGUGCACAAGGCGCAAGGUUACAGCAGUCUUCAGAUCUAGCCAUUCAGUUUUGUGUUCGCAGUGAAUGUAAAGUGUGAAAUGCUCUCUCUCUUUUUUUUGCCGGGCAUUUCCCCAAAAAAAAAAAUCCACACACAAUUACUCCUAAAAAUAGGUUUGGGCAUUUGAUGCACAUCUGUAGGAUCCUCAUGCUGCUGAAUACACGCUCACUGACUCGUGCUCUAUAGUUUAUAGCUUCAUUGUUAGGCAUCAGCGCUGGGGAGAGGGUCCUGUUCAAC